AACAAAGUUGGGCCUAAUAUUGAGUUUCAGAAACGACGUCGUAUGAUACAAAACCUGAAACAAUCGCUUCUCCUUCUUCCUCACGCUCCUCAAGCUCCGACUUCAAUCUUUUUUUGUUCUUCGAAUCUCUUCGUCUUUGUUUUUGCUAUCGGCUAAUCUUUCUAUCGGAUUUUUGUUUCUUGUUGCGUUAAAUAAGCUUCUUGUUCGCACGUCAAAGCAACGCUUCUUUCGAUUAUAAAUACUCAACUCCAACUUUUUUGAUUUCUCUGCAACUUGUUUCUCUUUUACUUCCCAGAUACAUUGCAAAACAUGUCCGGUGAGUUGUGUUCGGUGAGGCCUUUGUUUGGUGGCGCUAUUUCCACCUUCUUCCCUCAAAGAUUUCAGGAUGUGAGUAAUAUCCGACAAGUUUCAGAUCAUCAGGAAGUGUUUGUGGAUCCUUCAAGAGAUGAGAGUUUGAUUUUUGAGUUGUUGGAUUUCAAGACUGAGGUUGGUGACAUUGGCAGUGCUUCUUGGUUCCUUAAUGAUCUUGCGCGUGAGCAAGAUGCUGAAGGAUUUCUGUUGAUAGAGCAAUCAGAGGUCAUUGAGGCGCCUGGACUGUCCUUCAGAAACAUCCCUGCCAUUGGGACAACUGCUAUUGGAGAGAUGGCUAUAUCCAAAGGAAGACAGGGAAGAGAAGCACAAAACCUAGUGAGGGUGUAUGUGGCAAAUCUUCGUCUUAAGGGGAUUGAUACUGAUGUCUUAGUGACUGCAUAUGAACCUAUCUUGAUAAACCCUCUGAGCGAAAGCGUGGAUGCUGUGGGAUCUGGUUUAGUUGUCCCAGCUUCUCAAUCUGGAAUAAUGCCAAUGUGUGAUGUCAUUAAAUAAUCACUCUCUACCUUCAAAGUCAAUGACUGGAAUCUUUUCGGUUCCUCAGUUUGAGUCUAUGCGAAAUGAGAAGACAAUUCAAGCCUGCCAAUUUGGUGUAGCUAAGGCUUCAAGAAGUUUGCGUUGUUAAAGAUUUUCAAGUAAUUUUUAUUUCUUUUAGUUUUAGUUGUUCUGUGACACCCCUCUCCCAUACUACCGAGAUGGCGUGCCACUUUUCCUUUAAGACCUUAUUCCAUA